AUGGGCAUGUGUGGGGCCGGGGGCACACGGGGCGGGUGGGCCUUCCUGGAGGUGGCCACCAGCGACGCCUACAACGACAGCCUGCAGGCCUACGCGGCCGGCCUGGCCGAGGCCGCCGUGUCCGAGCAGCUCAUCUACAUGCACUGGAUGAACACGGUCGUGGGCUACUGCGGCCCCUUCAAGUACGAGACUGACUACUGCGAGAAGCUGCAGGGCUACCUGGAGGCCAACCUGGCCUGGAUGCAGGAGCAGAUGGAGAAGGGGGCUGACCCCGAGUACUGGCACCAGGUGAGGGGACCCUCCUGUCCCGUCCUCCGCCCCCGGUACGGCGGGCGCGUGGCCUUCCCCGGCGGCUCCUUCCCCGUCGCGCCCUUCGGCUUCCUGCUGCUGCAGCUCGGAGGGGACCUGGAGGACCUGGAAUCUGCCUUCAACAGGUCGGCUGCACCGCCCGUGCUGGGCUCGGGCUCCUGCUCCGCGCUCCUCAAGCUGCUCCCGGGAAAUCGGGAUCUCCUCGUCGCCCAUGACACCUGGACCUCCUACCAGUCCAUGCUGCGUGUCAUCAAGAAGUACACGCUGCCCUUCCGCACGUCGGCCCGCGGUAACGCUCAGAUCCCGGGAAGCGUCCAGGUGUUUUCCUCCUACCCCGGCACCAUCUUCUCCGGGGACGACUUCUACAUCCUGAGCAGUGGCUUGGUGAGUAGGGGCUGCUUCGGGGGGCUGCCGCCGUCCCUGCUCCCGCUCACCUCNNNNUGGGACUGGCGUGGGAACAGCGUGGCCAACCGGCUCGCCCGGAGCGGCGCCGAGUGGGCUGCCCUUUUCCAGCGGUUGAACAGCGGCACGUACAACAACCAGUGGAUGGUGGUGGACUACAAGGCCUUCUCGCCCGGGGCGGUGGCCCGGCGAGGGGUACUCACCGUGCUAGAGCAGAUCCCGGGCCUGGUGGUGGUGGAUGAUAAGACGGAGCUGCUUUACCAGCAGGGAUACUGGGCCAGUUACAACGUGCCGUACUUUGAGGAGAUCUUCAACGCCAGCGGGAACCUGGAGCUGGUGAAGAAAUACGGCGACUGGUUCAGCUACGACGGCAGCCCCCGCGCCCGCAUCUUCCAGCGCAACCAGACGCUUGUGCGCGACAUGGACUCCAUGGUCCGUCUGAUGAGGUUCAACAACUACCUGCGGGACCCGCUGUCGCGAUGCCAGGGCUGCGACCCACCCCAGAACGCCGAAAACGCCAUCUCUGCCCGCUCGGACCUCAACCCGGCCAACGGCACCUACCCCUUCCCAGCGCUGCGCCAGCGCUCGCACGGUGGCACGGACAUGAAGAUCACGUCCUUCAGCCUGGCCCCGACCUUCCGCCUCGUGGCGGCCAGCGGGCCCACGUGGGACGACGUGCCGCCCUUCCAGUGGAGCACGACCCGGGGCCACAUCCACAACGGAGCCAGGACGGAGCCCGUGGGUCUGCUGCUGCCUUGUGUCACCCCACGGCGUGGGGGCUUCAACCCUAGCCUGAGGGCUGCCAACUCGGUGGUGACGCAGAAAAGAAGCGUCCGGAAAAACAACCGGCCCAGGAAAGGAGCACUGGGGCCUGGGUGCAAAGUGCUGAGCGAGCGGCCGGGGACUGGCCCCGGGUUCCCCCCUCCCUGCCGGCUCCGCACGAGGGCCUGA